AUGAAAUAUUAUAGGUACUAUCGUAGUUGGAUGUACGAUAGAUUGUAUUCAGGAAGAGGUGAACUUAAACCAAAUUUUGAGGAAGGAGAUAAAAGUUUUAUCACGUGGGCAUUUUCUCAGGAAUGUUGUCGAAGCGAAGGAGAAGUAAGGUGUCCUUAUCUUAAAUGUGAAUGCACACCUAUAAUUAGUGACCGAGGGGAAGUAGAAGGUCAUUUGAAGAAAAAGGGUUUCAUUGAAAAUUAUUGGGUUUUGACAUAUAAUGAAGAAAAAAUGCCAAGUAGAGUACCAGAGACCAGUAAUACUCAUGGUUCAAGUAGCCGAUCACCGGUGGAACAUGGGGAAAACUUUAAUCUGAGCGGUGAGAUUGUGGGCGAUGCAUUUGGUGUGAACCUGACCUAUGAUAAACUUGGAGAUUUUGUUGGGGAAGAGUUGUCGAAUGAGGAAGCGCAAAGAUUUUAG